AGUUGUCAUAUGAUGAAUAAUUAUAUACAUUAUCAAGCGUGGGACAUUCCCAUUGGGAUUCCCAUUUUUUUGAGCUUGUCUUUUAGAGAGUAUUUAAUGGGCAUUUCUUUGAUUCUCCUAUCAGUUAGUCGACGGUUUCUCAAAAUUACAUUUACAUGUUGUUAUUCUAAUUAUCCAUAUUUCAAAAAUUUUAUUUCCAACAUUAUAUAAAGUAGUGUAAUGUUGCAAGAGAAACAGUGAAAAAGUUAUUUUUAUCAUUAAAUAAUUAAAAGGUAAGAAGAUUUGUAUUUGGAAAAAAAUUUUGUAACAAAUAAAAUGGCGAUUAUAGAUCCUGAAUGGGAUGAGAUGUUAAAUAUUGCUGAACGACAGCAACAAGAAUAUUAUGAACUUCUUCCAGAAUGGACGAAAUAUACCAAAGAUGAAUAUAAAUAUUUAAAACAAAACAUUGCAUUUGCAAUUUUUGGUCCGCCAUCAGAAAAGUCUGAUGUUGCGUUGUGUAGUAAUCUGUAUUAUUUUAAUAUAUUUGAUUAUUUACCCAGUAAUAAAGAGAUUAUAGACAUUAUAUAUAACAAAAUACUUGAAUUUGGAGAAGUAGAUAUAAACGAGUCAUGCACAAAAGGUGUUUAUUAUGGAUUAAUUUACAACAUAACAUUUCGCACUAAAAGAAGUUCAGUAACAAAGAAAUCUACCAAAAAGAAAAAUGGAGAGGAAAAUAAAAUAAAUAUAAAUCAAAGUCCAAUAUUCAAAAUAAAAUCUUCUAAGUUUGAAGAGCAACAAAUAUGGUAUAUUGACAUAGAGGGCAGAGUGUAUAAAAGUUGGAUACAGUACAAAGAAAAAAAUAAUUCACCAGCAUGCACAAUAGUCCUUCCAAAGGAUGGAUUUUAUCAACCUGAUAAAAGUUGUGAAAUUACCGAAGAAUAUUCAAAAGUAUGGUUAGAAAUUUUAGACUCACCUGCAUGUAGCACUCUGCAAACUUUUCUUAAUAUAGGAGAUACAGCGUCUAGCGCACUAGGUGUUGCUGGAAUUGGUCUGGUUAUUGCCUCUAUGGUGACGCCUGUUGGACCAGUUGUGUUAGGUGCGACAGUAGCUUCUGGUGCAACAAGUGGUUUAUGGACAGUUGGCAGAUCAAUGCAAAAGUUGAUUGACAGAAGUUCUCAUGAACAAACUAUAAAUCCAUUAUAUGAUAGAUCUGCAUUGUGUUCGUGGUUAGCUAUAACUGGUGGUACAGUUGGUUUGGCAUCUAGUGGUGGAAGUGUUAUUCUUACUAAACUUGCUGCAAAUGGUAGUAAUAUAGGAAAUAUAACUAGGGUUGCAUACAAUACAUUAUUAUUAAGUAAUAUAGGUAUCAAUGGUUUUGGUAUAGCACAUCAAGCAUAUUGUUUGUAUGAAAAAUAUCAGAAAGAGGGCAAAGUUGAUAUUGCAGAUGUAGCAUUUCUGUCAGCUCAUAUUUUGUUUUUUGGUAAUUCAGUCAUGAAUAUGCAACUUGCGCAAAAUCUAAUUGAAUCUACACAAGGUAGAAUUUUAGAUGAUUAUAGAGCCACAUUGCGUUCCAGAAAUCUUCGUAAACAAUUUAAUCGUGCAAACCGUGCCGCCGCUGCAAAUAAUCCAGAUAAAAUAUCUCAAAACGCUCAUGUCAUACGCUAUGUUAAUAACAAGAUGGAAUUGCGACUUAAAAAUAAUGUGGGCAAUAUUCCCAAGAUAUUGGACAAUAUUAAAGAUAAUACUGUAUCUUUUAAAAAUGGAGAAAUAGUAAUUCACGGUAUUUCUCUUCUGAAACCUAUGAAAUUUGUAGAGAUAUUACGUAAAUACAACAACGAAUGUCCAACAGAGAAUAAUAACGAAGGAAAUAGUGGUACUGAAGAUAUGUUAAAUCAAUUAAAAGAAUUGCUAUUAUAUUUAUUAAGAAAUAACGAAACAGAAUAUAAACUUGACGUUAAUGAAUUCAAUAAAACUUUGUAUGACUUGAGAUAUCUACAGAAUGCCACAAGUGUCCUUCCUUUAAUAUUUGAUAUAUCUCGUAGACUGAUAACAGAAUCUGCAUCUCCUUCGAACUAUUUGCAUGAUGCAGUUCAUUUUAUAUGGUGUUACAUAAAAGAAAAUUUGAGAAGUCAUUUAAAUAGGUAUUUCUAUCCUAUUAUUGAUGAAAAAACACUAAAAUUAUUGAAUAAAAUAAUAACAGCCCUAUAUGAAUACAUGGAGGAUUGUGCAAGAGAAUUAUCACCUGCCUUCGCAAAAUAUAUGAGAGAAAAACUGAAUCUAUCAUAAUGUAACGAAAAAUUUACAAAUAACACUAUUUUCUUUAGUCAAGUUUGUAUAUAUGUAUACAUUUGUCAAAUUGUGCCUUAGAAUAU